AAGAAAUCCGUCAUUCGGAUGGUGCCCUAAAGGAAAAGACAAGGGAGACAAAGGCACGUACCCAAACAGAACUCUUCCUUGAAGGCUUUGGUCUUGGCUUUGCCCAUCUUCGAUUCUUCUCCCGAUCACGACUCGGAGUCAGCAAACCACCGGAGAAGACAAGACUGGAGAAUUUCAGAUGAUUGAAUUUCGAGGGCCGACGCUGCCGUACUGUACUUCCCAAUAUAAAUUAAAAGUAACUUGUGAUCCAAAUUUUCCUUUGACCCAGUAAUAUACAAUAAUUUUCGCCGCCUGGUAUCACAGGCGGGGAUAGCUCAGUUGGGAGAGCGUCAGACUGAAGAUCUGAAGGUCGCGUGUUCGAUCCACGCUCACCGCAUAAAAUAUUCAUCUUUUUUAUCAUUCGUCUUCUACCAAUUCUUUUUUACUUCUUAAACCCCUCUACAAUGCAAAACCUUCAGCACACCAUACCUCGCUACCUUGUCCUUGUCCGCGGAAACUUGUAGCCGCGGCCAUGAGAGUGUCGGAGCAAAGUCAGUGGCAGCUCCUCCCUCAGCAGUAUCUUGGAGAAAUCUCAGCUCUCUGUUUCCUCCGUCUUCCCGCUUAUCUCUGUUCUCUCCCUCUCCUCCUCGCUGGUACUGGUUCGCAGAUUCUGGUGUAUGAUUUGGUGAGUGGAAAAAUAAUAAGGUUGUUUCCAGUCUUUGAAGGGAUUCGUGUCCAUGGGAUCUCUGUGGAGCAUUUUCACAAACCGCUGCCGGGUUCUGCUCUUGCUUUCCGGAUUGCUGUCUUUGGGGAAAGGAGAGUGAAACUUUUUAACUUGCAAAUUGAAUCUGAUAGCUUACAGAAACCUUUUCUGGAUACGGGAUUGACUCUUAUCCACUCGCUGCCCAAAUUUGGCCAUUGGGUUUUGGAUGUUUGCUUCUUGAAGUUGAACGGUGCAACUUCAAAUGAGGAUGCGUGUCAUCUUGCCAUUGGAUGUAGCGACAAUUCCAUAUACUUCUGGGAUAUUUUGAGAUGUGACAUAUUUUCUGAAGUUAAAUGUGCAGAGAGGUGCCUAUUAUACUCCAUGAGGAUGUUGGGAAAUGAUAUUGAAUCUCUCCGCAUUGCAUCUGGUACUAUCUUCAAUGAGAUUGUUGUUUGGAAAGUGGUUCAUCAGAAUCAUUCUACAAGGCUUAGUAGUAAUGAGGAAGACCAUGUACCAUUAACUAGUAAUGAGAACUUUAUUCCUGGUUCCAAGUACAAGGAUGCUCUUAUAAGUAGGCUUGUAGGCCAUGAAGGUUCAGUGUUCCGCAUCGCGUGGUUCUCUAACGGAAUGAAGCUUGUCACUGUUUCUGAUGAUCGUAGUGCUCGUAUUUGGGAGGUUCAGGCUGACAAAGGAGUUUCAUGCAAGGAUAGGGUCAAUCACUUGGCAGGCCCUGUUCUAUUUGGACACAGUGCCAGAAUUUGGGACUGCUGUAUAUAUGACUCUCUAAUUAUCACUGCCGGUGAGGACUGUACAUGCCGUGUUUGGGAUCAUGAUGGCAGAGAACUUAAUGUGAUCAAGGAGCACAUUGGGAGGGGUGUAUGGCGAUGUUUGUAUGAUCCCUGCUCUUCACUUCUUGUCACUGCUGGUUUUGAUUCUGCGAUAAAGCUUCACCAGAUUUAUACAUCUUCUAAGGAAUUAGAAGAAACCACUGUGUCUGAAGAUUUCAGUGACAGAAAGGAACUUUUUGCUCUUUCUUUACCCAAUUUGUCAGGGCGUGGUGGGCUCAUGGACAGCAAAAGUGAAUAUGUCCGCUGUGUACACUUCUCACGUGAAGAUUCUCUAUAUGUGGCUACCAACAAUGGCUACUUGUACCAUGCAAGUCUAUUUAAUAGUGAGGCCGUGAAAUGGACGGAACUUGCCCGCAUCAGUGUGGAAGCACCAAUCAUUUGUAUGGACUUAUUGUCAAAAUUUUCCUACCCCUCUGGUGGACUUGAAGAUUGGAUUGCUGUUGGAGAUGGUAAAGGGAGAAUGACAAUCAUCCUAGUUGUUGGAACUGGUGGGAGCCCCAAGGUUGAAUUUACUUUCACUUGGGCAGCUGAAAAGGAGAGGCAUCUCUUGGGCGCUUAUUGGUGCAAGUCACUGGAAAAUAGGUUCAUCUUCACUUCUGAUCCUUGUGGCAGAUUGAAGCUAUGGAAGUUAUGCGACAAUUUGCAUUCUGCUUCUCUCAUUGGUAGAGGAAGCUCUGAUGUAUCCUUAAUUGCAGAAUAUGCUUCAUGCUUUGGAAUGCGGAUAAUGUGUGUGGAUGCUUCAUUUGAUGCAGAGUUGCUGGUAUGUGGGGAUAUUCGUGGUAAUCUCCUACUAUUUUCUUUGCCAAGAGGGCUACUCUGCGCUACUGUUGUUGCUGCAGAAGUAAAAGAAUAUCCAGUGAAUUAUUUCAAAGGUGCUCAUGGAGUAUCCAGUGUGAGCAGUGUUUCUAUUUGUAGUCCUUCUGAUCAAGUUGAAAUACGCUCGACGGGAGCAGAUGGAUGCAUAUGCUACUUGCAGCACAACAGAGAUAUGCUUAAUUUGGAAUUUAUAGGGAUGAAGCAAGUAAAAGAAUUAAGUGCAAUCCGGUCUGUCUUCACCACCACUGACCAUUCUGAUGAUUCUGCUGUUGGAAACUAUGCAGUUGGUUUUGCAUCAGCAAAUUUCAUAAUAUGGAAUUUAACUACAGGGACAAAGGUGCUAGACAUUACAUGUGGUGGUUGGCGACGUCCUCAUUCAUAUUAUCUUGGUGACUUGCCAGAGAUGAUGAACUGUUUUUCUUUUGUUAAGGAUGAUGUCAUAUAUAUUCAUAGGCACUGGGUACCAGAAAGUGAUAGGCAGAUAUAUCCUCGGAAUCUGCAUGUGCAGUUUCAUGGCAGGGAGGUACAUUCCCUAUGCUUUAUCUGUGGAGAUUCAUUGUGUAGUUCAGAUGAAGAUCAGGGAUUGGUUUCUGGAUCUAGUUGGAUUGCAACUGGUUGUGAAGAUGGAACCGUCCGAUUAACUAGGUAUAAACCAGGCAUGGAGAAUUGGCUGUCUUCCCAACAUCUCGGGGAACAUGUUGGUGGAUCUGCUGUACGAUCAGUAUGCUCUGUGUCAAAGAUGCAUAUAUUUGUGCCUGAAUCCAGUGGCAUGCCUAAUGUAGUCUAUAGACAAAAUGGAACCUUCGAGGAUAGAGAUCCUUUUAUUUUGAUAUCUGUUGGAGCAAAACGGGUUGUUACUGCAUGGAAACAAAUGAUUAUCAUGAGCAACAAAGGAGUGGACUCUGUGUGCAGAGAGACAGACAAGAAAAAUGAAAAUAACAUGACAGGUCCAUCUACUGAGACCAUGCCUUCAUUCUCUUUCCAGUGGCUCUCCACUGAUAUGCCAUUCAAACACACUAGUUAUGUGAAAAGAAAAUACACCAAAGAAGUCCUUGAAACAGAUGAAGAUCUUAGCACGAGAACAUCAGAUUCUGUUCCUAUUGAACUGCUUUCUUCAAGGUGCAGGAAGAAGGAAGCAAACUUGUGUCCAGAAGAUGAUCUUGAAAAUGACUGGAGAUACCUAGAUGUUACUGCUUUUCUUGUUAAAGAAUAUGGCUCAAGGAUAUCUGUCUGUUUUGUUAUUGUUGCUUGUUCAGAUGCUACAGUCACACUGAGGGCUCUUGUGUUGCCUUUCCGGCUUUGGUGCGAUGUUGCCUUAUUGGCUCCCUUGUCAUCACCUGUGCUAGCUCUGCAGCAUGUUGUCAUUCCUAAGGUUUUGCCAUCUAAUGGAAACAUACAAACUGGAAGUCUUUACUUGGCAAUUACUGGAUCUACUGAUGGAAGUAUUGGAAUCUGGGAUCUGACCAAAUGUGUUGAAAACUUUAUGCGGCAAAUAUCAGGCCUUCAAAUGGAAAACUGCAUGGAAUUACAGAAACGGCCACGCACUGGUAGAGGAAGCCAAGGGGGGCGAUGGUGGCGGUCUAUAGGCAGUCACAGUGCAAAGAAGAAACCACACAAUAGCGAUUUGAUUGGAAAAACUCAAACUGGUUUAUACUAUGUUGGAAGAACAGAAUCUGACAAUAAAAUGGAAAACCAUGUGCAAGGAACAUUUGAAACAUCUCUUUCUGGAAAAAGUAAUGCUCAGGUUCCUUUCCAAGUCGACAAUCAGGCUUCAUUUGUUUCCGUAAGAAAAAAGGAUGAUUUAUCACCAGAAGCUAGUGUAUUGGUAGCUAUGCAUGUCUUAGGUAAUGUACACCAGUCUGGGGUCAAUUGCCUUAAUGUCUCAGAUGUUCAGGACCUUAGAUCAGCUGACUCUAGGUUCUCCUUCUAUGUUAUAAGUGGAGGCGACGAUCAGGCAAUUAAUUGUCUCCGAUGUGAUUUGAAAAUAAAUCCUGUGCUAGAGACCUGUCCGAAUAUGUCCAUGAAAAUUCAUUGCACCACUCUGCCAGUGGCUGCAAACAACUACAAUGGCCAUUGUCUGAUCAAAAACCAUCAGAUGCAGUUCUAUAAUGUGGAUAAAAUCAUCUCGGCUCACAGCUCUGCUGUCAAAGGAGUAUGGACGGAUGGGAUUUGGGUUUUCUCUGUUGGUCUUGAUCAGCGUGUCCGGUGUUGGAAACUUGGUAAUGAUAGAUUAUCUGAGUUUGCCCAUUUAAUCAUUAGUGUGCCGGAGCCAGAAGCAUUGGAUGUUAGAACCUGUGGCAGAAAUCAUUAUCAGAUUGCAGUUGCUGGAAGAGGGAUGCAGAUGAUUGAAUUCUGCCCAUCCAAUGGGAUGAGUAGUGUAAAAUAGAAGCUUCUUUCUGGGGAAUUUCUAAUAUGUGGGCUAGAUCAUUAUUGUAAGAGAUUCUACCCUCUUUUAAACAAUGAACGAUCUGCUCUUUUGGUAAAGUUCAGAAUUUUGUUGGCUGUGUUCUUGUAUUUUCUAGCAAAAUUCAAGGCAUGUUCUUUGUCCAAGAUGACCUUAUUCGCUGUUAUCUCUCUCUCUGUUUUCUUUCCUUGACAUGCAGUUAUCUAGGGUCCCUCUCUCUCUCUCUCUGUUUUCUUUCCUUGACAUGCAGUUAUCUAGGGUCCCAGUGAAGGUUUUAGUUAUAGGAAAUGCUGAAUUCUAUCAAUUCAUUGAAAUUGCUGAUGCAGUUUACCUUUACUAUGUUCACCUUGUAGUUGUGUUUUAAUACCACAGUAAUCUAUACUGUACUGCUUUAAAUUGCUCCUGUUUCUUGGUGGUCAUUUUAAGCAUGAAACAAAUAAGCUGUAAUAUGAACUGCCAGUAUUUGGGAAUCAAUGUUUAAUAUUUUCAUGCUCAUAUAAAAGAGACAACUCUAAUUGCAGAUAAGAAGUUGUUACAGAACCCGUUCCUCUUUAUGCACUAUUUAAUAAUAUAUGUAUUGGGUAUCAAUUCUCGUGAAGUAGUUCUGCUACAUUUUCUGUUAUUUCCAUUUGGUGCAAUUAACAGUUAGUGACACAACUAUAAAGGCAAACAAAUCUUCUAUUUUGACUUUGCUUCCUAAGUCAUCCUUGGCUGAAUACCUGCGGCGGAAGGAAUUAACUUGAAAGGCUAGAAACCUCUUGUACAAGGAUCAAUCAAGUUAUUGCUCUCACCAUGGUUGCAGAGUUAUAAUUGCAACGGUGCACAUGGAAAGCAACUGGUUUCCAAAUAUGUUCACCAUGAUCUGGGCCUUGCGUUGAGGAUGAUUUGGAAUCAGUAGCAUUCUUAGUGUGGAGUUUGGGUAGAGUGCACUCGAUGAUAGCCCCAUUGAGCGGCCAAUGCUUGGAGAUCAGAUGGAGAGCCCCCAAGUGGGUGUUUGUGAGAGGAGAGAGGAUCCAAUGGAUGUGUGAGGGUUUUACAUUUUAUAAUUGAAGCCUUGAAAUUGAAUGUGAAUUGAGGCUGACGAGCCAUCUCCUAUAACUGGACCAAGAGUUUUGCAUGUCCCCAAGCUUUUGGAAGUUGGUCACCUUCGAAUGGGUUUAUGCACAUCUCUUUUUGUAGUAUUUGCUUCCAAUGUUGGGUGGCAGACCAAAACUCAAGUGCCGACUGCUACUGGCCAAUUUUGGAGAUGGGGUGAGCUGGUGUCUGGUUUUAUGAUUUAGCAUAUAAUUACAUAUACUCAUUAAAAUCCCAGAAGAUGUUGGUCUGGUCUGAAAUCCAAGGAGUAGAUGUUCAGAGUUGUUUUCUGAGCGCAACUGUAGGAGUUUGUGUUUUACAACUCCUUUUGUUUUGUGAAGCUAAUUAGAUAUGGGGCACGCCGCACAAGUGCUGUUACUCUGUAUAUAUUGAUUCUCUGACGACGACUAGGAAAAUUAUCCACUUCCCUCAAUUA